AUGCCUCCGAUAUCCUCCCAGCGGCGCGCCUCCCCAGAAGAGAUCUCUUCUCUCUCAGAUGAUGAUGUCGGUUUCCUCUACCAAGUCGUCACCCGCGCCGAAGGGAAUCCUAAGGUUCAGCGAACCCCAUUCCGAGCGCUUUUUACAGCCUAUGACGAGGUAGUCCGUGAACAUGGCGUCAACCCUGAUCCUCGCCAGGCGUGUUUGCGCUUCUUGUUCAAGAUGGGAAGCAAAGACGUUCAAGGACCGACCCUCUUCGACAGAUUCGAGAAUACGCUACAACAUAUGGGAAUUGUAAUUGAGCUGGGUGACGAGGGCUCCACAGGAUUUAAUGAUACAGUGGAGAAUGGACAUUAUUCAGAUGACGGCACUCAUAGUCAAACUGGGCACCAACAUCACCCGAUUACGAAUGGAAUUCCGGUCACACCCAGGAGACGUGCGUCCUUUAAUACCACGCUUGAUAUUGGCGAAGAUGCCACCCAGAGGAGUUUUAUUGAAAGACCAAGCUCCCGGUCGUCUAUGUCACGACUUCAAACUGGAAAACCCGAUUUCGCGAAGCAUAGAUUAUCCCCGAAACCCAACGCACACCACACACCUAAAUCGCCAGAUCGCACACAAUUGAUCGCCCAAUUCUUGGAUGUUGGUCGCCGAUUGAUAAGCAGAUUUGACAACGCUCAAAAUAAACAAGUGGACAGUGAGGUGGCACCGUUGACUAACGGAGUGGUGGCACGGGCGGCUGUCGAUCGUGAUCGUUCCCAGAGAAUAGUGGCCGCAUCAAAAUCCCGCCAUACACCUUCGGUUGCCUCUUCAGAUAGUGGGGACUCCGAAGAAACGCAAUCUAGUGUGUUACAGGCCCUAGAAAAGGACUCGUUUGACAAAGAAGAACCACCACCAGAAAACAUAUACCGACCCCAGCUCUCGGAUUUACUCCGGGAUGCAUCUACGUUCAAUAUGUAUCGACAGCGGGCAAUGUGCCGCAAACUAUUGACCCAGUGGUUGAAACGUGCUUUUCAGGCGCGACAAACACGAGAAAGGAGGGAAACAAUUGCUGUGAACCGUGACCGGGGUACCUUGCUUCGACAAGCAUUCGAACCGUGGCAGGCAAUAAUCAAACAGAAGCGCCAUGCGGCUAGAACAGAGCGCUUCUUCAAACACCUGGAUGAACGUGCCAACCGCGCUCGGGAUUUGUAUUUGAUGACCAAAGCCUUUACCCACUGGGCCCAACUCACAUCUGAAGAAGUUGCUCGUACAUCGGCAGCCCGGCGACAUGUCUUAAGUAUCAAGUACUUCAAUGCCUGGCGCGAGAUAACUGCAGUGAAUGAGCUGAAAGCCCAACGUUUCGCCUUGCAGAGACCGUUCAAUAAGUGGCGCAAGAAACUGGUGGAUAUUAAGCAGGCGGAGAGCCAAGCAGUCAUUGUUCACCAGAAAAGUCUACAACAUGCCUCAUAUUGGCAAUGGUUCUGGGGAUUUUGUGAGCGUCGUGCGCCUGAAUGGUAUGACUAUCGGCUUAAGAGGCGUUCGCUUCUUUACUGGUUACAAAACUUUCGCACCAAUCGAGAGCGUGAUCACGAGAUAGCUGUGCAUAAUAGGCGAUCCGCCCUGGGAGCUGUGCUUCAAGCGUGGUCUCAGAAGAUGAAAACCAUUGGAUCUGCACAGCAGCUAGCUGCAAAUACCCAGCGUCACUUAGUCUUGACAGAAGCUUUUGGUGAAUGGAAGAUUCAAUCCCGGUUGGCACCCGCGGCUUCUCGAAUCACAGAUAGGGUUGAUACCAGGGUGCUUCGAAGUGCGCUGUCAAAAUGGAUUUCAAAGGCUCGAAUGAUGGACCAAGCGCAAGAGAUGGAUCAGCGGAGAGUCCAGCGGAAUGCGUGGACAUCCUGGAAUGAUACACUGCGCUGCCUGGCUCUCCGUGCACGAAUUGAUGAGCGGCUGAAAAUGGAAAUUAUGUACAGGUGGAUUCUUAUGGAAAGAUACCAGCUAAUGCGCAGAAUCCAUGAGCAGCGCAUUAAGCGGGAGGUGUUUACUCGAUUUGUUACAAACACUCGAGAUACUUAUACACGAUUGCUAUUCAAUGCCGAAGCCCACGAGGAGCACCGGACAGAAGAUUUGGCACGCUCCAAAUUAGCCAUCUGGCGAGAAAGACUGGUCAUUCAACGAGAACGUGAAUACACUGCCUUUGAGUUUUAUGCUCCUCGGCUGGCACAAGAGUCUCUUACGGCUUGGAGAGCGAAGCACGAGCAAAACCAGAAAAUGGAAGCCUGGGCUAACGAUGCACGCUUCUACUUUCUGAUGAAGCGAUCCUUGAAGGAUUGGCGUCAGGCUACCCUAGCCUCUGCCAAGCAGCGGCGGAAAGACGCUUACGCCAAGGUGCGACGAAAAAUCAAGAUGAAUUUGGCAGCUAACGCACUCGCCACCUGGAGGUCUAAGACCCAUGCAAUCAUGGAUAUGCAGCAGCAGGCGGAAGAUGUCGAUCGUGGAAAAGUGCUUGACGAUUCAUUCGAGUGUUUCUCUCGAUGGCAUGGAAUAGCGCUCAAGAGAGUGCAGGACUACCAGGAUGCUGAUUAUCAUUAUUUGCAUCAAGUCGCUUUUCAUCAACUCAUCCAAAUGUCAGAGACUUUUGUCAUUCGCCGCGAGAUGGAGGAUGAAGCAGACAACUUCUACCGCACCCACGUCCUCCACCAGGCUGGAGGAGCACUUCGCAAGCUCAGCCUGCGUAUCUUCCAAAUGAGAAACACAGUUGAGACAUCUGAAGCAAUGCGUGAACGAACGUUACGAAAACAUUCGAGAAAUCUCUUCCGCCACUGGUUGGAGAAUGCUCGACUGAAACUUGAAGCAAGAGAUUCACCCGGCCCAUCCUUAGGACCAUCCAUGACGCCUGCCCGAUUCUCUAAUGUUCCAGACGUGAACGGUUCAGGAGCUUUGUUCGACCCGUGGUAUCGGAAUCCAGCUGAGACCCCUUUCAAGCUGGCCGACAUUACAACAAAUUCACAGGAGCCGAUAUCCGCAAGCCCUUUAGCCACCCCAAGCUACCUGACAUCGCCAUCCAAGCGAGCUGCCCGCGCGAGGGCACUGGCGCAGAUGUCCACUACUCCCGCCACGCCCUUACAUACUCCUUUUGCCAGCCGACUGCUUCGUGCUGAUUCCACUGGUCGUUCCGCUUCUUCCAUAAGACCCCGUACUGGCCGUGGAAAUUCUAUCGCAACAAGCGUUCGGUUCGUGGAUGACGAUCUUCCCGAGUCCCCAACUGACGGUCGCAAAUCUGCGAAUCGACGACCUUGA